UUCUUGACUACACUGACAGCUGACAGUGACAUCUGAUCCUUAUUUGGUUAUAAUCGGGAUAUUUAUUGCUAUUUUAUCAAAUAUUGAAGGAAUCUUAUUCAUAAAAUGAUAUAUUGAAUAACAGCUAUGACUACACAAUACAAGAAAUUUACUAGACUCUUAGCUAAGUGGCCUGUGGACGCUACCAAAGGCGAAAGAGACCUUGGAAAGUUCAUCAGAGACAAAGUAAAGUUAGCAUUUGAGUCAUCAGAGAAGCAAAAUUUGGAUUCGGAGCUCUGCAAUCGUCAAUACAAUUCUCUCAACAAGUUAGCUGAUAACCAUUACAAAAAUAAGUAUAAAAGAAAGCAUAGUAGUACUGCUACAGGACUAAGCACAGAAGAGUGCAACGUCAUCCUAUCUAACGAAGUACUCGAGUAUCUUAAGGAAGAAAACAAGGUUCUUGCCCGGAGACUUUCCACCGAACAAGUUCAAUAUCGAGAUCAUACACCAGUUAUGCUAAAUGAAGCCCUCAAACAUUUAAAUCCAAAAGAUGAUGAAUUAUACAUAGAUAUGACAUUUGGAGCAGGAGGUCACUCAAGAAAAAUACUAGAAGCUGCUAAUUGUAAACUUAUAACUUUAGACAGAGACCCUGUAGCAUAUGAAAAGGCAACAAAAUUGGCUGAAGAAUAUCCAAAGAGAGUAAUACCUUUACUGGGCAGGUUCAGUGAACUCCCAGCUCUAUUGAAAGCUAAAGAAAUAAGCCAAUCCACAAUAGACGGCAUGUUGUUUGACUUUGGAUGUUCUUCUAUGCAACUGGAUGUAGGAGAAAGAGGGUUUUCUAUAAGCAAAAAUGGGUAUUUAGACAUGAGAAUGGAUGCAGACCGAGACCCAGAUCAAAUAACAGCAAGAGAGGUAUUAGCAACAGCUGAUGAGCAUGAACUUUACAAAAUAUUCAAAAUAUAUGGAGAGGAGAAAAAAGCAGCAAAAAUAGCACAAACAAUCAUACAAGCUAGAUACAUGAUCAAAAAUAUAGAGACAACAGAAGAAUUAGUUGAUCUCGUCAACUCAUGUUGCCCAGAUGAAGUGAGGCUAGAUAAACUGCAAAGGCCACAAUCAAAUGCUACUAAAGUUUUUCAAGCAUUACGUAUUUUCGUCAACAAUGAGUUGAAUGAAAUCAACUAUGGGAUGGUAAUAGCCAAACAUUAUUUGAAGAUUAAUGGGAGAUUAGUUACAAUUUGUUUCCAUUCUCUUGAGGAUACAAUUGUAAAACGACAUAUUGCUGGAAAUUUAAUUAAUGAGGUUGCCAACCCUGUACCACUGAAAUAUUUAAGUCCAACUUUGGUUAAGAACAAAGAUACUAUUAGACAUUUCCUGGACACCCCUUGGCAAGCGAUUAAUAAGCAUGUAGAGGUUCCUAGUGAUGAUGAGGUGGAGAGAAAUCCCAGAAGCCGCAGUGCUAGACUGCGAGCUGCUAUCAAAGUCAAGUGAGAUUAAAUCAGGAAUUAAUUGGAAUUUCAUCAACACAGUAAUCAGAACAUUUCAUUUGUAAAUACAAUUUGCUUUAAGAGUUGUAGGUAGUUUGUAUUAAAUGUUUUAGACUGAA